AUGGAGGUUCCAGAUGCUGAAUCUGCCAACAAUGUCAUGGUAAAGGUUCUUGGUGAAUACAAUCAUGUCCUCAUCUAUGCAUUUGCAGACUCAGAGAAUCACACGGUAAAGGAACGUCUUCUGUUUUUCUUAAGGCAGAGAUAUGAGAGACUAGGAGGUCAAUCUGCCAUUGACAAGGUCAUUGCUGGCUAUGAUGACUUGUGCUGCAACAACUCUGAUACAGCAGAUCAUUUCCUGCCUAGAAUCUUUCCCAAAUGCAAGAGAGCCUUCCUCAAGGAUGUUUGGCAUGCUGUUGAUGUUGUCAAGCGUGAAACUACAGGGGCAGACCAUCCCCUUCAUGAUGCCUUUGUCAGGGGACUCUGGAAUGCCAUCUUAAAAUGGGAGUUUGACUCAACAUCAACGGCUCUGGAACACUUCAGAACUUUCAAUCCUGAUGGAAAGAAAUACCGCAAUAGAGAAACAGCACAAGAGGCAAUGUCUAAGCUUUCAAGAUACAGAGAUGCAAUCUACAACUACAUUUCAAGCAACACCUCCAAGAUGGCUUCUGAUGUCUGGGAUCUAUAUCAAGGUACCAAGGACCUAGACACGAAACAAAAACUCCAAGCACAGCUCAAUGGGGAAGGCUACAGGCCUUUCUUUAAGAAAGCGAUCAGAAAUCACCAAUACGGGGCAGAGGCUGCUGUACAAAAUCUCAUGGAUCAUAUCAAGAAAGGCUGCUUGAGUGAUCCUUUGCAGCCCAGAGAAAUGAGCUACAGAGCCAGUAAUAAGUAUCAUUCCGAUGAAGGUCCUCCCUUGCUUAGGCGUCGGCGAGGAACCAAUGCAGUCGAGAUUGAAAAUAGAUAUGGAGAAGAUGAUGCCACGGGUGGAGUCUCCAGGCAGAGAUCAUCCCUUACUCACAAGAAGUAUUUACUACAUGUAAGCGAUCACAACCUCAAGUGUGACCGAAACACCAGUCACAUCACUGGCAGAGCUGUUAGGCCACGUGAUUGGUAUAUUAAAGAAGCCUUGCAGAAAGAUCUUACCAACUUGACAACAACUAUGUACAAUGAUG